GGGGUAUAUAUCCUGAAUGUUCCUAGAGAUGUACCUAUCCACAGAAGCCAAGAAAAGAUUACGCGGUGAACUAAACGAGGAUAUGAAAUGGAAUUUCUUCACGGCUCAGGAUAGCCCCACGGCUGUUUAGGAUAUCAAUUGGCUUUCCAAGACUUGUAUUGAAUGGACGCGCAACCUUGUGGCCCAGCAGCGUUGUGGCCCAGCUCAUGGUAGUGUGGACUGAAGGUAGGUGAAAACUACUUGUUCUGGCUACAAUUGUUUCGUAGCAGCCCGUGAAAUCAUGUGCUGUGUGCGAGAUUUUGUUAUCUGUACAAUAGGGAGGAAGGUGGAGAUCCUACAACCAUAACAAGGAUCACAUCCGACCUACGCCGAGAAUCUAAAAAAUGGAGGUCUUGGCAAGGAGCCGGAGGCCGUCGGUACCAGGCAUGCUCCGCUUCCGUGGACAUCCUGAUUUAUGGAGUACGGCUUCUUGGUGAUCGAGAAGUUCCGCAGAGGAUGGAAGAUGCGUUGUCCCCGGCUGGAGUGGAGGAGUGUAUCUCCUCGAGAAGUAUAAAGGUCCCUCGGUCUUUGACACUCAUCAAGCCAUUCACGCCCUUGGCCAUACGUCGACUGUCAUUGGAAAUCAAGCAUGUUCGUUUCAAAGCUUAUUUUUGCUGCUCUAGCAGCGACAACUGCAAUUGCUCAUCCUGGCCCUGAUCAUGCCGUGCCUCAUGCAGAGAUUCAGCGGCGUAGUGGACUAGCCAAGGAAUGUGCCAACCACGCUGCGGAUUUCAAUCGACGCCGCAUGGCGAAGAGAGCAAUGCAGAAACGCUGGGAAGGGUCCGGCCACAACACGACUUUCGAGAUUACCACAGACGCCCCUUACUAUGACACCAUGCAAAACGAUACUUGUGUCCUCAGUCCCGAGGUAACCCAGGGUCCCUACGUCUGGCCGCGCUCUCAGACUCUGCGUCAGGAUAUGACGGAGGAUCAAGCAGGUGUGCCUUUGUGGCUUGAUGUGGGAGUCCUCGAUAUGGCGACCUGCGAGCCCUUACCGAAUGUUCUCCUCGACUUCUGGCAUUGCAAUGCAACUGGCUCUUACUCCUCCUUUACUCACCUUUCGCCCAAUACCGAGUUUGAAAAGCUUCUGGUUGAGCUGAACAUCACCGAUUUCGAGAUUGGUGUUACCGAUCUCCAUACGGAUGAUACUACCUUCUUGCGGGGAAUGUGGCCCACUGACGAGAAUGGAGUCAUGGAGAUUAAGACGAUAUUCCCAGGAUUCUACGUCCAACGGGCUAUUCAUAUACAUGUUCAGGCGCACACUGACUGGAGUGUCCGAGGAAACGGCACAAUUGUUUCCGGCAAUACUGUAAGCACCGGACAGCUCUAUUUCGAUGAAGCGCUUUCGCAGAAGAUUAUGAGCUUGGAGCCUUACGCCUCACACACACAAAUCAAUCGCACCACCAACGCACAAGACACUAUAUUCCCUGAAGGUACUGACGGAGGAUUUAAUCCCGUUGUAUCCGUCGUCCCAGCGGAUGGUGAGGAUAUCAGCAAGGGAAUGAUUGGAUACAUUACUAUCGGUGUAGAUACGGCAGCGAUUGAGACGGUUAAGAAAUAGUGGUCUAUAUUAGAUCAGGUCUUCAGAGUUUGAUGUGCAAGGGUUACU